CUUUUCAACGAUUGUAUUUGUUCCCCAAAGCCGAAAUUCUCUCCGAGCAAUUUUCUUGUCGUUUUAUGGGUUAUUGAGCCCGCAAAGGCCAAAUCUUUUCACUCCCCCUACCUCCUCUCCUCCCGUUACUUGCCGCUCCUCCUUCCUCAACCCUCUUCUCUCCCCCCCUUCGCCCCAAAUGUCACUUCGUCCUCACCACACCGCCGACACCUGAAGGCAGUACCAACCCCGCGGCCGGAGCUUGCAACCGGAAACCUUCCCAUGGGCUCGCUCGUAGCUUCCGUUGUCUGCUUGGCUCUUCUCUUCACUUGCAGAGGGGUGACGGGAGCCUCGUUCACAUUCGUUAACAGGUGCCAGUACACAGUUUGGCCGGGCAUACUUGCCAACGCCGGGAGUCCGGCCCUCGAGAGCACCGGAUUCGAGCUCCCCCAGGGCAGCUCCCGGUCCUUCCAGGCCCCGACCGGGUGGUCCGGCAGGUUCUGGGGCCGGACGGGGUGCAGCUUCGACGGAUCGGGGUCGGGGUCCUGCCAAACCGGCGAUUGCGGGUCUGGCCAGGUCGAGUGCAAUGGGCUGGGGGCGGCCCCGCCCGCCACCCUGGCGGAGUUCACUCUCGGAACCGUCGGCCAGGACUUCUAUGACGUUAGCCUCGUCGACGGGUAUAAUCUGCCUAUGCUGGUCGAGGGGAGUGGCGGGUCGGGCGCUUGCACAUCCACGGGCUGCUCCGUGGACCUGAACCAGCAGUGCCCUGCGGAGUUGAGGGCUGGUGAUGGGAGCGCAUGCAAGAGUGCAUGCGAUGCAUUCGGGAGCCCUGAGUACUGUUGCAGCGGGGCCUACAACUCGCCCGUGACCUGCAAGCCAUCUGUGUACUCGGAGAUGUUCAAGGCGGCGUGCCCCAGGUCGUACAGCUACGCCUAUGACGAUGCAACGAGCACGUUCACGUGCUCGGGGGCUGAUUACACGGUCACGUUUUGCCCCUCCUCUCCAAGUCAAAAGACCACAAGGGAUUCAACACCAGUGACUACAGGUGCAUCCCAGGGUUCCGGUGUAGAGUACAACUCGGGGAGUGGCACGGGUUCUGGGUCUGCCCGCGGAACUGGUUCCGGAGAAGUCUUGACAGAUGGAUCGUGGCUAGCCGGUUUGGCCAUGGGGGACUCACCGAGGACUGUCUCUUCGAAUGUCUUAUUCCUACUCAUAGCUCCCGCAAGUAUCAUCCUUCUACAUUCUGUUUCCAACUUGUAGCUCUUUUUACUUCUUUUUGUGGGUUUUGGUCUGUAAAGUGAAGCACUAAUUUUCUGCAGAUUUUGCUGUCUUGUUGAGUGCUUUGCUCGGAUUCGGUUUUCUUGUUCCUAGGGUGAAACAAAUACCAAAAAUUCCGUCCACAUUGUAAAAUUGAAACUCUUCGUAGUGUUUAUUUGUAGAACAUCGGAGGGUGCUUUAGUUUGCUGACAAGUUUAAGGCUAAGCUGAUUUUGUUA